UGAGUGGGGGGGGGGGGAUAGAUUAAAUUACUACUACUACUUCUUUGUAUUUAUAUUUUGUAAGUUUAAAAUUAACAAUUUAUUUUAAUAUGGCCCUAAAUAAAUUCAUGCACCCUCGUAAUAUAUAUAGAACCCCUCCAGAUUUCGGAAAAUUAGCGAAGUUAUAUCCGGAAUUUAAUAAUAUUUCGAAAAUGGAUGUAACUGGUAAAGUGUCUAUUGAUUUCAAAGAUCCUAAUGCACUCAAAGUCUUGACAAAAUGUUUACUCAAAAAUGAUUUUGAUCUUGAUGUAGAUAUACCCGAAGACAGAUUAGUUCCCACACUGCCAUUGAGAUUAAACUAUAUAUUAUGGAUUGAAGACCUUUUAAAUGCAAUAGAAAAGAUUAAUAACAUAUGGGGUUUAGAUAUUGGAACAGGAGCCUGUGCUGUAUAUCCUUUAUUAGCUGCUAGAAAAAAUAAAUGGCAUAUGAUCGGCACUGAGACAGAUGAUAUCAGUUUUCAAAAAGCUGAAGAGAAUGUGAAAAGAAAUCAUUUGCAAGACUUAAUUGAAGUGAGAAAAAAUUUAACGUCUUCUGUCAUCGAACAAUUAUUUGAGGAUGAAUUCAAGCAAGUAUUUGACUUUAGCAUGUGCAAUCCACCUUUCUAUAGUAGUGUUCAAGAACUGUGCGAAUCUCGAAGUCCUGCCAGACUUCCACCUAAAAAUGGAUUCACAGGAUCUCCUCAAGAGCUUAUUACUGAAGGUGGAGAAUUACAAUUUUGCAGAAAAUAUUUAAAAGAAAGUAAAAUUUACAAAGAUAAAGUACUUAUUUAUACGACAAUGGUUGGUCACAAAUACAAUUUGAAGGAAUUACUACAGGAUCUCAAAUUGGAAGGCAUAACACAUACGUACACAGAGUUCUGCCAAGGGCGUGUGACACGAUGGGGGUUAGCUUGGACUUAUCAAGAUUUUGAUAUCUUUCAAUUAGUGCCACCAAGAGACCAGCCGCGUAAGAAGCACGCGCCUAUUGUGUACUUAUUACCUCAAAUACCUAACAUCCCUUACAAUGUGGAUAAUGUAAUAAAUAAAUUGAUAAUUAUUUUAAAUACCUUAAACAUAUAUCACAAGGUACUUAAUAAAAGGGGUAAUAAUAUAAUAUUGGAUGUAACUGCGACAACAAAUACCUGGUCAAACCAAAGGCGGAAAAGAAGACUUAUGAAAAAAUUAGAAACAAAUGACUGCAAAAAGACAAAAAUAGAUCAUACAGAAUAUACAACAUCUAGUACAGAAGACAGUAAUAGUAAUGAAACUCUUAAUGAAACGAAUCAUUUUGAAAAAUCAAUCCAUGCCACUCUUAAAGACGAAGAUAACGACUUGAAACCUCAUACAUCAUCUAAUGAUAAAGAAACUGUUCCAGUCAUAGAACCAAUAGUACACGCAAUAUUAAAAGUAUUAAAAAAAGAAAAUGAUAUACUCAUGGAAAUGGAAUAUUUAGAUGGAAGCGCAGGAAAGGAGGGUCUACAUCAAAUAGUACAAUAUAUAAAAAAUAACUGGAAAUAAUUUUGAUUGUUUUAUUCUUGAAUGUUAAUAAAUUUUACUAUAAAUGUGAAAUUUAUUACAAUUAUAUGUGAAUAACCAAAUUCUAAAGGAAAGAGCUCUCUUUUUUUGAUAUCCGCCUACACUAUCAGUUAAACAAGUGAAGUACAAGUGACUGAGUUCUAUCCUCACAACAGUAACAAAUAAGUAAGAUGAUGAAAUAUUGCUAUUUUGGUUUAUUUUCUUUUUUCAAUUUUGUAGUCAUUUUUACUUUAGGUAGGUAUAGUUAAUGAUAAAAAAGAUUGUAAUAUUUAUUUUUAUGUUACAAGAGAAGGCAACAUUAAUAGUCUAUGAAAGUUUGAGUUGUUCCGUUCGAUUAUGGUUGAUAUUGCAGAGCAAGUAAUCACGUUGAUAUAACAAAAGUUUAUUUCAUAAGUGGCACCUCUAUGGACAAAAUUAAGUAAUUGCUCAAUUAAUGGAUAUACUUAAUGUAAUAAUAACUACAAAGUUUGUUGAUUAAAGUAUUAAAUUGUUAGUUUGUUGAAUAAAGAAUCUAUCGCAUCAUUUAAUUUGUAAGUUACUGCAUUGAGGAUCGAACUCGAUGUAAUCCAACUGAGCGUAAUGUUAUGAGGUCGAUUAUAAUGAGUUUUCAUACAAAUACAAUACAAUACAAUAACUGGCUAUUCAUAAAUAUCCGGAUAAUCAAGUUAUUAAAAUUUUAUUCAUUGUUAAUCAUUCCUCAUUGACUCAUCGCCAGCACAGUAUAGAACACGCCAAAGAUAAGACACUAGGAAAUAUGCAAGGAUAAGAGACAGAAGCAAGCGAUGCUUGUGUGUGUGUAGGUCACUUCUCGCUAGUCAUAUACACGUCGCAUUGGAAUAAUCUGGUUGAUGAUGGCUCGAUCAGUGCCACAAACCGAAGGAUUUAGGAUUUACAUCUGUUUGAUCUAAAUUUUCUAAACAACUAUACAACUUGGACAAAUAAUAAAAAAAAUUACAAACAA